UUACAUCGCGAGGCCUUCUCGGUCGGCCUCCCAGAACGCUCCAAAAAAAUCGAAUUUCUCUCGUUUUUUAAUGGAGAAUUGGGUCUGACAUAGUACAAAGCAAGAUGGAGAAAGAAGUAACGGAAAUCUACCCAGUUGGGGAAACGGAGGAACAGCAGAGUGAAAGCCAGCCGACGGAUAUAACAGAAACAACACCUCCGGAAAAAACAAGUUGCACGGCAGAAGCAGAUGAUGACUUUGUGUGGGAAGAUUAUCUUGACGAAACAGAGACAAUAGCUGUCCCACCAACCGCCUUUGUACAUGUGGAAAAGAGUCUUGAGUCAGGUGUGUUGGAAGAUCAGUUGGUUGAAAUCGUCCAUAAUGAAUCGUCAGAAUUAACUUCAUGUUAUUGGCCAGCAAAGGUCGUUACUACAUGUGGUCCUCUCUUAAGAUUACGAUUUGUGACACAUUCCUCCGUAAAUGUCGAGUGUUGGAAAGAGGUGGCCUUAGGGGGUCUUCAUCCCCUAGGCUGGUGCGCGCUUCACAACAUCGAAAUGGCUCCUGUACCUGACCUCAUUGACUCCCUGAUUGAGGAAAGUGAAUUGCAAAAGGCCAAGGUAGCAGUAGAGGAAGCGCUCAGUCACGGGGUGUCAGUACCGGGAGAGGCCUUCGACGGAGAGGGAUACACAGCGGUCGAGCGGAUCAAGCAAGGCAUGAAGGUUGAGGUUUUGUACAAAGAAAACCCAGCAUGCGGGUGGGUGGCGACUGUCAUUGACAAUGUUGGUGGACGCCUGCUCUUGCGAUAUGACACACCUGAUUGCUCGGGUCUUGUGUUUUGGCUCUUCUACCUUAGUCCUCGGUUAAGGCCACCAGAUUGGAUUCAUCACCAGGGACCACCUUGGAGAUAUAAACAUCCGGAAUCCUGCUCCCAGUACGAGGAGGCGGAGUGGGCUGCACUUCUUGAGAUGAGUCGGGAUGACGCGAGACGUUCUCCCUUACCCAAUACUCUCCUCUCACCUGCUCUCCCUGUGAGCUCUCACCAGUUCACAAACAGCAAACUCAUUGAAGCAGUGCAUCCCACAAAGCCCAACUCAAUCCACGUGGCCAAGAUCACUCUAAUCAGCAAUGAGUCUAAAUUUUUUGAAGUGUCGAUUGAAGGCGAGAAAGGGGAUAACAAGGUCACAUGGGUGACUUCCAUCGAUGACCCUUUGAUCCUGCCAGCAAGAUUCUGUGAGAAAAAUGGCAUUGCCCUUGUCCCACCUGGUGAUUGGCAUGAGGAGACAGAGUUCAGCUGGGAUGCCUACCUCCAGUCUUGCAGUGUACUGUGUGCAGAUGAUAGCUUGUUCCCCAAGCACGAGGCAGCUGAGGACUUAGGCUUCGAGGCUGGACUUAGACUUGAAGCUGCCAAUCCAGACCCUGCGGAUCAGAUUUGUGUCGCUACUGUCAAAAAUGUUACAGGUCACCUCCUCCACAUCCAGCUGGAUUCAGAACUUGAGACUGAUCCGUACAUCAUGUCCUCAACGUGUCAGGAUAUCUUUCCAACAGGGUGGUCUCAGUCAAAUAAUUAUCCUCUCCAUAUCCCUGCAGAGUAUUCACCACAAGCAAAGGUCAUAGAAGAUCCUACACUGGAACUAUGCCAAAAUAAAAACGGUGAUAAUCCACAAAAUGAUCCCUUGUCUAGUGUAAGCAACCAAAGGUCCCUGUGGUGUCCAAGACUCUAUGUGAACCAUUGGUGCUACACUGGGCCUUAUCUGAGCAAAUCUAAAGUUGCAAAGCAAUCUCAGAGUGUUGGUCCGGGAUCUGUUGAGUUGGUACUGCGUGAGGUACUGUCAAUGACAAUAAACGCAGCUUACAUACCAACUCGUGUGCUGAGAGAGCUGGAACGCAAUGCUGUGGAUUCUCAUCUCGUUUCAAGUACUUGGCAUCCGACCCAUUUGAAAGCAAAGUUUAAACGUUAUACUUACACUGCCAGCAUCUCUGUCGCAACCACAGCUUCAGAUGUCAGCGAUUUUUUGAACUUCAUUUGCCACACCCUCCAGUGCUGCCCCAAUCUGUGGUCACCAACACAGAGUGGAGAGAAUUGCCCAUUCCUUUGUACUUCACAGAUGUUUAUUCAAGGGAGCCAGUCAACUUCCAUGCGAGGGCGAGGGAGAAUAGCAAUUACUAGAGGGACAAGGGGAGGGCCAGGAAUGACGAGGAUAUUCCACCGGCGUAAGAGAGGCGGCCGUAAGCGACUCUUCGUGCCAGUCAGAGCUAACCGGUUACUGCAGCCCAAAUCCUUGUCAACACAAUCAGAUGAUAUAACAGAAGAUGGAGAUGAGGAUGAGGACGUUGAUAUUGAGGAAGGAGAUGAUGAUGAAGUCGCAAGUGGAUCCGAUGAAGGUGACACGAGUUCCCGUAGCUCUCGUCCAACCAGCCCCAUCCUGGAUCCCUCGUUUGGAAACCGCAGAAGGAGGAGAGGAUUCCCGAGGAUGGAGAUGCAGACGAGAGGUAUUAAACUCCCUGACUAUGCCAACCAGCUGAAAAUGAGGCAUGUCAAGAGAAAGUUCGAGGGUGGAGAAGGAUCCUCCAGCGCUUCCAGCUGCCGUGAGGAGCCCUUAGACAGGAUGAAGAGGAGCAGGAAGAGCGAGUACCCAGACGGAAACUCAGGGCUAGAGCCUGCCCCGGUGACCUCUGACCCCCUGGAAUGGACAGUGCAUGACGUGGAGCAGUACGUUGCCAGCCAGCCAGCCAUUUGCCACCAUGCAGUCCGACUACGAGAACAAGAGGUAGAUGGCCGGGCUUUCCUGCUCUUAAACUUACCCACGCUGGUGCAGCACCUCGGUCUGCCACAUAGCUCAGCUGUGGCUCUUGCUCAACAUGUGUGCCGUGUAAAACUUGCUCACUUCCUUUUCUUUUAUAGGGCGGAAGCAUGACCAUCAUUUUUAUAUAAAGGAAUUACUUUAAUUAACUAAAUGUUGUGCACAGUUUUCUAGUGGUCUUUUUUUUUUUUUUUGUAUAUAUAGUAUAUUUGUAUAACUUUGUAUUAUAUGAACAACAUAAUGACUGUUAAAUAUUGAUAAUUAGUUAUAUUAAUUACUUUUAUUGUAAGUUAAGCUAUUCAUUCCUGUAAAUUGGAAUAUCUGUUGUGCUUAUUGUUAAUCCUAUUCACAAUAAAAUAAAUAUAUGUAGAAAAGCAAUUUCCUUACACAUUUUGUACUUGGAAAUUAAGUGAAAAAAAAAUUAUAGAUCUAUGUUAAAAAUUCAGAAUGUUAGGUGAAUGCAUUUGAAACUCUAAAAUGAAAACUUUCUUUUUAAAUAAAGAAUACAAUGUAUACUUGUAA